UCAAAAUUGUGCUGCCAACUAGUGACGGAGCCACAGCAGAGGGUUGAAAGAGCUGCAUGCAUCUCCAGAGCCGCAGGUUGCUGACCCCUGCUCUAGAUAAUCUUACAUUUCUUCAACUUCCAACGUUGGGCUGAGCAAGGGAUUGCAAUGAAUGGACUCUUGAGGUCUCUUCUAAUUCUGCAAUCCUCAGCCUGCCUGAAAAUAAGCGGAAUAGAAAUCAGGAAUCCUUUACCUGCAAUUAUCCAUCAGGGAUGACAAUGAAAGUGGGGAUGGAAUUGUGUUAACCUUUGUUUAUCUCUUCUAGGUAUUGCGGGGAAAUCUUCUUCUUCCUCUUGUUGGUUCAGUUGGCGAUGUCUAAGACACAAAGAGAUGAACUGUCAAAGUCCUAGAGAGGCAGCAGCUGGUCGCCUUAAAUACACUUUUGUGCUGGGCUGAUCCCCAAGUUUGAUGUGGGUGAGCUUUGUUGAGAAACUAACAUGCUACCCAGAAGAGCUGUUUGGGGGGGAGAUUUCCAGCUUUUUCAUUUGUAAUUUCAAAGCAUCCAGCUGCUGGAUUUAACACAGGAUAGCAACAGAAAAUCGUCAGAUUUGGCUCGAUUGCACAAGGGAUUCCAGGACAAACAUGGCAGGUUGCUGCUCGGUAGCCAACUGCAAAAACCGCCGGUGGCAUGGAUCCCGUGUCACCUUUCACAGGUUUCCUUUUACAAAGGAGAGGCAGUUAAACAAGUGGAUCAAAAACAUUGGUCGUCCGAAUUUCGCUCCCUCUUAUGAUGACGUCGUGUGUUCGGAACAUUUCAGAAAGACGGAUUUUUGGGGAAGGAUAGCUUCUGGGAGAAGGAAUUUAAAGCCAGGAGCCAUCCCAACUAUCUUUAAUACCUCUGGCCGUCCAAAAAGAUUAAACACUGCCAAGAGGGCUCAAAAGGAAAGCUCAGAAGAGAGGAAGCCCCUCGCCCGACGGAAUCGCCCCGAUCCUGAGCCAAGCGCUCCUCCGGAGGUGGGUGAGGGCGACGCCGACGUCCCGUCCUCCAAGAACGACCUUGUCAUCCUAGAACAUUCUUACUCUACUCCGGCAAGUCCAAUUGCUUCUGCCCUGGAGCUCCGGGUGGCCCCGCCAGGAGACCAAACCCCCACAGAACCCCAGGGGAGGAAGAGCCUCCGCCUCCGCCAGGCUCGGAACAAAAGGGAGCUCAUGGAAGAGACGAGACAAAACGCUUCCGAGGAGCCGGUGGUCCACUCUGACGUCCAUCGCCAGCAUUUCCGAGACUUUUGCUACCAGGAGCUGGAAGGCCCCCGCCACGCUUGCUGCCGGUUGUGGGAUCUCUGCCAUCAGUGGCUGAAGCCUGGAAAACAUACCAAGUUGCAGAUGCUGGAAUUGGUCAUCCUGGAGCAGUUCCAGGCCAUCCUGCCCCAGAAGGUUCAGGAGUAUGUCCAGGAACGGGAGCCAUCCAAUUGCGAACAGGCCGUAAACCUGGCCGAGGAGUUCAUAAAGAGCCAGCAAAGAGAAGAG